AGAGAGAGGGAGGGAGGGAGAGAGAAAGAGAGAGAGCGCUUUCCCUGCCGUUGAAGGGCUGCGAAUUUAGCUCCGGAAGUUCAAAGCCGCCAGUCCUUUCUAGCCUCCUGUCUAUGGUCGGCGGAGGGAAAGGUUGCGAACGGGCGCUUGCGGUGGGGGGGGGAGCGGCUGCGCGAGGGAGCAAGCAAGCAAGCAAGCGCCGGCUGUUGGAGGCGGGACGGCACGAGCGGGUCGAGCGUAGUAGGCCGUGGCUCUUCCCUCCUCCCUCUCCCUCCCUCCCCCUCCCCACACACACACACAGCGCCUUGGCCGAAGCCCUGAUGUGAGCCGGAUCGCCGGAUCGCCGGACCCAGAAGGCGGAGGCAGAGCACGAUGAAGAAGGACGUGAGGAUCCUGCUGGUGGGAGAACCCAGAGUUGGGAAGACAUCACUUAUCAUGUCUCUUGUCAGUGAAGAAUUUCCUGAAGAGGUUCCUCCACGAGCUGAAGAAAUCACUAUCCCAGCUGAUGUUACCCCAGAAAGAGUGCCAACCCAUAUAGUGGAUUAUUCAGAAUAUGAGCAAAGCGAUGAACAGCUUCAUCGUGAAAUAUCUCAGGCAAAUGUAAUUUGCAUAGUAUACGCAGUUAACAACAAGAAUUCAAUUGAUAAGGUAACAAGCCGAUGGAUCCCUCUCAUCAAUGAAAGAACAGACAAAGACAGCAGGCUUCCGCUUAUAUUGGUUGGAAACAAGUCAGACCUGGUUGAGUACAGUAGCAUGGAAACCAUCCUUCCCAUCAUGAACCAGUACACAGAGAUUGAAACUUGUGUAGAGUGCUCAGCAAAGAAUUUGAAGAACAUAUCUGAAUUGUUUUAUUAUGCACAGAAAGCAGUUUUACACCCCACAGGGCCACUCUAUUGUCCAGAGGAAAAAGAGAUGAAACCUGCCUGUAUAAAAGCCUUAACUCGGAUCUUCCGAAUUUCUGAUCAAGAUAAUGAUGGCACCCUGAAUGAUGCAGAACUCAACUUCUUUCAGAGAAUUUGCUUUAACACACCACUGGCAUCUCAAGCAUUAGAAGAUGUAAAGAACGUAGUAAGGAAAAAUCUAAGUGAUGGAGUUGUUGACAAUGGAUUAACAUUGAAGGGCUUUCUUUUUCUCCACACACUAUUCAUCCAGCGAGGGAGGCACGAAACAACUUGGACAGUAUUGCGGUGCUUUGGAUAUGAUGAUGACCUAGAGCUCACACCAGAGUAUUUAUUUCCCUUGUUAAAAAUACCUUCUGACUGCACGACAGAGUUAAACCAUCAUGCAUACUUGUUCCUUCAAAGCAUGUUUGAUAAGCAUGAUUUGGACCGAGACUGUGCUUUGUCUCCUGAAGAACUCAAGGAUUUGUUCAAAAUCUUCCCUUACAUGCCAUGGGGACCAGAUGUCAACAGCACUGUUUGUACAAAUGAAAGGGGUUGGAUAACAUAUCAGGGAUUUCUUUCUCAGUGGACACUAACUACAUACUUGGAUGUACAGCGCUGCCUCGAAUAUCUAGGCUAUUUAGGAUAUUCAAUAUUGACUGAACAGGAAUCCCAGGCCUCAGCAAUUACAGUAACCAGAGACAAAAAGAUUGACCUUCAAAAAAGGCAGACUCAGAGGAAUGUGUUCAGAUGUAAUCUAAUUGGGUUGAACGGUUGUGGGAAAACUGGAGUUCUCCAUGCCCUGCUUGGAAGAAAUCUCCUGAGGCAGAAACAUAUACAUCCAGAGCACAAAUCCUACUAUGCAAUUAAUACCGUUUAUGUGUAUGGGCAAGAGAAAUAUUUAUUGUUACAUAAUGUUUGUGAAUCUGAUUUCUUAUGUGAUGCUGAAAUCAUGUGUGAUGUAGUCUGCCUAGUCUAUGAUAUCAGCAAUCCCAAAUCCUUUGAAUAUUGUGCCAGAAUAUUCAAGCAACACUUCAUGGACAGCAGGAUACCUUGCUUGGUGAUAGCUGCCAAGUCAGACCUCCAUGAAGUUCGGCAGGAAUACAGCACUUCUCCAGCUGACUUCUGCAAAAAACACAAAAUGCCUCCACCCCAAGCCUUUACUUGUAACACCGUGGAUGCACCAAGUAAAGAUAUCUUUGUUAAACUGACAACAAUGGCCAUGUAUCCCCAUGCCCGGUUACGCUGUAUGUGCACCUGCAACAGGUGUACAUUUUGCAUCUGUCAGAACCUCCUCAACUCAGACUUGCUGCAAUCUGUAAAGAACAAACUCUUCACCGCAGUUCUUAACAGGUUGAGAGCCCACAUAGAUGAGUUGGGUGCCUUGCUGUUGUCAGACGAGGAGAGCAGUAUUGUUCACCAAGUACAUGCCGUCAGCUCAAUAGAGGAUUCCAUCUUCAUGGAGUCAUCCCUUGAUCCACAGUUGUUGGAAGACAGGCACGUGACACAGGCAGACCUGAAGAGCUCUACCUUUUGGCUUCGAGCAAGUUUUGGUGCUACAGUCUUUGCUGUUUUGGGCUUCGCCAUGUACAGAGCAUUAUUAAAACAGCGGUGAUCUGGAGGAAAGCAUGGUUUUUUGGGGGGGAGGGGCUUAUUCAAAGUGAGGGGGGAAUCUUUUAUGUACAUUCUAAAAUCUGCUAGAAAUAUUUAUAUAUGCAAAGUACUUUAUUAUUUGUAAUUCAUGGAUAAGAUUAUUUUAAAUAAUAGUUCUAAACUUGCAGUAUUGCAUAGGGUGUGGAAAAGAGGAUUUGCAUUACAGUGGCUACUCUUGGGUACACUUGUAAAAGCCAAAAGGGAAUUAUUGUACAAUAAUUUGUAUAUAUAUACAUAUAUAUAUAUAUUCAGGCAGGGAGGCCUAAUGUCCCCAGAGGUUAUUAGAAAUUCCAUUCGUAAAUGUUUCAAAUAGAGUGAAACAAUUGCAAGUAGGAUUUGUUUUCGGCAGUAUAAUUUCAGAAUCAGAAUUCAGAAAUGUGUUUAUUUAUUUCACUGGUAUCAAAAGUUCUUGCUGGAUAUACCAGAUUUGAGGACUGACUUUUUUUAAAAAAAAAAAUCCCUUUAAUAACUCAACUUUUCCUGUAGCCACUGCUCAUAUGUUACAGGAGUGUUCUUCUGUGGCAGAUUUGAUUGGGCUUGAGCUGAUUAUUCCUUGUGCAGCUAAUUGUGCCUCAGUUCAAGGAAAGAGAGAGAAAGACGGUAUUCCCUUGGUUAAAUGAAAAUGAAGUAUCAUCAAUGAAACGCAUCAUCAUCUGACACCAUGUGCCAUUCUGCGCAUCUCUCAUCUUCCACUUGACGUUUUAUAGCCUUUUCCAGUCCCAUGGGCAAUGUAUUAUAAUUGUUUAUAAUUCACCAGAAGUCUGUGUUUCAUUCCCUCAAGUUUGGAAAGUCAUUAUCUGACAAGCUCUGUGCAGGGGUGGAACUGAAGUAGAAACACCCCAUACUCUACCCUUCUUGGUCAUAAAUGAAUUGCAUGGUUUGUACUGCAUCUUGUAUUUGGCUGGAGUGACCUGUAGGUGGCAUUUUUAAAUCUACCAAGAAGGUUUACUAAAUGGAAGUUCCUCCUGUCCAACCUAUUUUCCCCAUCAAUGGCCUUUUCUGGUAUUUCAAUAAAUAACUGUACCGUG